CGCAUAACUAUUGGACAGUCGUUAUGGAAAACAGACAUUCAGUUAUACUACGGCUGGAGUCCAUGCAAUACUAUCCCCGGAAUAUACACUCGUUAUACAGAAUAUUCUUUGAGAAAAUUCUCAGCGACUGGAACUCGGAUACUGUAGUUUUGGACCUGUUGACUGCAAUCAUACUGUUUAACCCCAAUCGACCUAACCUUACGCAUAGAGAUUCCGUGAAGGUCCAACAGCAAACAUACAUGUAUUUACUGCAACGCUAUCUACUAUUGCGAUAUCGCGAUGAAACCGAGUCUCAGGCGAAAUGUGAGCGACUUUUGCGGAGUUUGUAUUAUCUGGAAGUGUUGGCCGAGAAAAAGGUGCAAAACUGUCUCGAAAUUGAUCGCAAGAUUGUGGCACAACAUCCCCUACUGUUGGAAGUGUUUGACUUGCCCUCCAUGAGCCAGGACAUUAAGCCCAGCAAUCUCAUGGCUAAUAUUUUUGUGUAUUAAAUGUUAGGCGAUUAUUUAUUAGUACAUGUUUUACGAGCAAGUCUAUUUUUAUUUGUAAAUGUAGGUACGGGGUAUACAUGUAUAUUAUAGUUUUCUUAUAGUUUAAUAAGCACAUAUUGAUUUGAUAUUAAUGAAUCUAAAUAUUACCAG